CUGAAAAAAGCCAUUUUCUGGCGCUGCUGCAAAUUCUGUCCAAGUCCAAAUAAUUUACCUGGAUCCUCGCUGGGAGGAGAGGGAAACUUUUAUGUCUAACCAGUGUCGGUGUUGCCUCUGGAUGUGUUUGGUUGUGGUGCCCGGUCGGACGGCGGAGCUCCGGGAGAAAUGGAAACGCUCUUUGUUGGUCCGCUGGUCGAGGGGCAGAGCUGAUGCACAAGAUGAGGCCACUACAGGGGCGAUUCAGUAGUCGGCUGCUGUGUACCAGCACACAGCCCGCAUUUAGCUGCACGACUCCCUGCUCUCCACACGUUAUUCGUCGCUACAACAUGUCAUCGCAGUUGUAUUUCGUUGGCCACGAGCUCUCUUUGUUGUGGUUUCACAACCUGCUGUCCCAAGGACGAGCUGCAGACAUUGUCUGAGGGGAGCACUGUGGCAGCCACUCAUUGAGCAUAUGGGGAAAGCCCUAAUUGUCUUAACCAGCACAUUCACAUAGGCUCCUGUGCCCCACUGUGUAACCAGAGCCUCUCAUGUUGUUUGUUUCUCACCGCAGAUCUGUUCAGAUGGAUAAAAUGCAGCCCAACCGGAUUAAAAUCACAGAUCUCAAUCCUCACCUCACAUGCCCACUGUGCGCUGGUUACUUAAUUGAUGCUACAACCAUUGUAGAGUGCCUGCACUCCUUUUGUAAAACUUGCAUCGUUGCCUUCCUGGAGACAAAUAAGUUCUGCCCUCGAUGUGACGUUCAGGUCCACAAGACAUGUCCACAGCUCAGCAUCAGGGCAGACAAAACUCUACAAGAUAUUGUUUAUAAGCUCGUACCGGGGUUAUUCAAAGAUGAGAUGAAACGGAGGCGGGACUUCUACGCAGAGAAUCGUGUGCUGGAACCGGGAGAAGUGGUGGAGACGUUUAACAUAGCAGAGGAUGAAAUCAUCAGUCUGUCCAUACAGUUCUACGAGAGGAACAAAAAUAAUGAGAGGCAGCAUUCAGAGUUGGAAGGAGACAAGUCCAAUGGUAAACGCUUCCUACAGUGCCCAGCAGCCAUGUCCGUCAUGCACUUGGCAAAGUUCCUCCGAAGCAAGAUGGAUAUUCCCAACAACUAUCGGGUGGAGGUGUUGUAUGGAGAUGAGCCCUUGAAGGACUACUACACACUAAUGGAUAUUGCCUACUUUUACGAGUGGAGAAGAACUGGACCCAUCCCCCUGCAGUAUCUCGUCAAACCCACCCGGAAGCGCAGGAGGCCACCCCAGUCUGCCGCCCAGGGCCACUCUGACGGCGUCAACACCAGCCCGACGUCCGAGAGCGACUCCCAGAGUGACAAAGUCCACAGUCCCGCUGCAGCCCAGCCGGCCCGAGCCUCCUCACAAUCCAGCCCCGCGUCCCACAACGUCUCUCCCGCCAUCCAAAGCUCCAACGGUACCACUGUGACCAACAACACUCAGCGACACACUCUGGCCUCCAAACAGGGCGCCAACGCUCGGAAGGUGACUGUCAACGGCACGAGCUCUGGGGCUGGCAAAGAGGAGGCGAGGGGAGGCGAGAAAAGUGGUUUGCCUCCGACGACCUAACGUGUAUACAGGGCAGCGGGGAGGACAGUGUUUGAAUUGCUCCCUUCUUUCUCUCCAAGUAGAGAGAAAAGACAAGCUCGAGUCUUCUGGACAAAACAGGAAGCAGAUUACUGUUUUCAUCUUUCAACAGGAAAGACUGAAAAGUGCAGCCAAAUAGACACUUGUAUGUAUGUAUGUAUGUGCGUGCGUGUGUGUUUAUGUGUGUUAGACUAGAACAGUGCACACAUACUAACUGUACAGUAUGUAUCAAAUGUGAGCAUGUGUGCAUACAUAUGUAUAAACUUAUCUUUUAUACAAGAUAUUGUAAUCGUUUUGUAUUGUAUAUGCAGUGGGUCUGUUUCAUUUCCAUACUGUAGUUGCGUCAACAUUGAUUUGGCUCCGUAACACUUGGGACAAAAUGCUUAAAAGGCAUUGCAGUGCUCAUCACUGCUGGAGUUGGAUGUAAAGAGAAAAACAGUCAUGUUAAUAACUGCUGUGUAAGUGUCCAUUAUAAGCAACUGCUCAUCAGGUAACACAGGUACAUUACAUUAAACUGUUGAUGCACUUUGUCGAGGUAUUUUCCAACAGGAGAAGGAAUUUAUAUUUACAAAGUUCCAAGCACUAACACGUUCAUAAGAGGUUUGUCAGCAGACUAUGUUCUUUCUCUCAUGGCAGUCGAAGAGCUCAAAAGGGAUUUGAAUAUUUGGCCAUGUAUGUUGUAGUUCCAUAAAUUUCAACAUUCCUUUUGUUUCUUUUCAACAAAAAAUGAUACUUUUUUAUCAGCCAUAUGUGCAUGUUUUAGGUCAAUAAAAAUGUUUACUUACUAGGUUUUUCUGACCUGACUGUCCUGUUUAUGAUUCCCUGAAUGUGAUAGGUUGUAAAGCAUGUUGCAAGAAUGGAGCUUAUAAAAAAAAAAAAAAAGCUUUGCUUGACAUUUGAUAUCAACAGCUUAUUUUCUGUGGUUUCUCACAGGGCGAUAACCUGUAUGCAAUAGAGUGAACAGACACACGAUGAAAGUGAUAUGAUCCAUAAAAGGCCAAACCCCCUGCCUACCAGGAUGAGUUUGAAACAGUUGUAAGUUACUUAAGUUUUACUCAAGCAGCCUGUUCUGAAUCUGAACACAUGAUUUUAGCAGAUCUUCACCGUGUGCAUGUACAGCAAAAUGUCGGUAGCUUACAAGCACAGCCACCUUCUGGAUGAUACAUACAGUUGAAGUCUUCUCUCUAAAUUUGUUCCCAAAAUGUUUUUCAAAUCAUUUCUACAAGCAGUACAUCACAUUCUCAAUAUCAAGGCUCUGUAGAGGAAAGUUUGUCUACAAUAUUACAAGGCACUCUUUUUAAGUUUGUUUUUAUUUGAUAACAGACAAGUCAACCCAACUGGCAACUCAAGUGACUGUUCAUUUAAAUUAAGAAAUAAACAAAGUAAGUUAAGAGAAAGUGGCAUUUUAUGGAGAAGAAGCUCACUCUCUGGCCCUGACAGAUUGUAGUUUCACACUAUCACAUCGAUUACAGGAUGAAAUUACACAUUGCUUUAUGAACACACUUCAGUGUACAAUUUCUACACAGAAAACCAUUCUAUAGAUCUUCAAAAUCUUAGCCAUACUAGUAGUCAACCUCUCUUUAAAUGGACUUAAAGUACCAUUUAUGUGCAACAUUGCCCACAAUGGCUUAACAGAACAAAGACCUCAUAACCACCUCAGUAUAAACCACAUGGUAAAAUCUCUCGGUACACAAACCUCUAUUAUAUCACAGAAUAUCAUCAUAUCCCUGUUAAUGCAACAUUGUUUCUCCCUCAGAAAAGACAAAGCAAGGAAAAUUAAAGUUGUUG